AACAAUAACAAUAAGAGAUUUUAUUCUUUUCUUUUAUUAAAGGGUUUCGUUAUAAAAUUAUUCCAUUGCCAUACAGCAAUGCACCCAUGGAACUGUUGCAGGAUGUGUACGAGUACUCGAAGCUUACAUCCAAUAUUCAUUUCACCAGAGCAGAGUGUAAAAUAUUCGAGCGCUGUUUUUCUAACUACCGGUGUAAAGGUCGCAAUGAACGACACCCUACCUCAAGAAAUCUGUUCCGCGUGUGUUAGUUUCAUCAACGAAUCAAUAAAAUUCAGACGAAAAUGUGAGGAUGUACAAAAACAACUACUCGAUAAAAAAAUUAACGGAAUAAAAAUUGAAAAUGUUAAUAAUAUAUUAAAAACAGAAGAAAAUUCAACCUCAAUAGACAUAACGGACGCGCUGGAUGAGGACUUUAAAGAUUACGAUGAUAACAUAACACUAGACACAUUACAAUUGAACAAAAUCCUAAAAGAUAACGAAGAAUGUACAGAAAAUAUCAAAGAGACAAAAGAAAAGAUAGAUUAUGAAACAAGAGUUAUAGAAAUAGAGGAGAAACCAUUGGACAUAAUGUUCAAAAGCAAACGGAAAACGAGAUCUGUUAAAAUCAAACGAAAGGAGAGUAAGAAAGAGAAAACCGAGAGAGUGAGAGAGGAGAUAGAGUGUGAAUACUGCCAUAAGAUAUUGACGUCAAAGUUAUCGUUGAGGAAUCAUUAUAAGAUUCAUACGGGUUUCGAUGUUGUUUGUGAGCACUGUGGCAAGAAGUUUAUUACACGACGACUCUUGUUGAUGCACUGCCGAGCGAAGCAUGGUUACGAAAAGACAGACAAGUGUUCCUACUGUGACUAUAAAGCAUCCAACGCCGAGCAAGUCAAGAUACAUGAACGACUCCACACAGGAGAGAAACCAUUUGUGUGCAAAGAAUGCAACGCUGGCUUCCACCGGAAGAGUAGCUACCUACAGCACAUAGCUAUACAUCUGCCGGAGAAAACUGUGCAAUGCGACCAAUGUACAGCUAAGUUCAAAUCUGUGACUUUGAUGCGUAUACAUAAAAAUCGGCACCGUCCCUCCCAGUACACAUUCAAGUGCGGUGUCUGUGAUAACAGCUUCGCGAGACGACGAAACGUGGCGCGACACCUUCAAAGGGUACACGGUCUACCACCCGACCACCAGAUACACCGGAUAAAAAUACACUGAACCACCAAGAGCACGACCACGUGCUGAGACAGAUUUACCCGGACAGAACGAUGAGCUGAGAUUGAUCAGAGUUUCAAAGUCGAUAAAAGAACUUUGAGAAAGCAAAGAAGUUUGUAAAACAAAGGAGGUUGGGAUUCUUGUGGUGAAUAUACCAAAAAAUGUCCGAUUUUGGAGUCAUUUGGAGAGUUUAGUGCUGAACAAAGCAAGACGUUUUAGGGUGUCUGUCCCCAUAUGACCCCAUCUAACCUGCCAGCGCCAACACAGCAUCAAGACAUGCUUGAUAGCAUUUCUGAGCUUUCUCAAUAAAAAGCGUUAAGAAAGAAAUAUUUAAGGCAUACAUCCGGCUCGCAGAGGUCCAACUUCGAAUUAAUUCCGAUUCUCAAUAAUAGAUGGCAUAGACCAGAUGCGUGAUAUUUUGAUGUAGUCACAAUUAUAUUUGAGCUUUAUAAA